CUGCCACGAAAAACAGCGAGAAACUCUGAGAAACUGACGCAAAAUAUUUUCCCUCUCACCGGGAAAACAAAAAUGAGUGGGAUUCGAGCUUCAGUUUCCUCGUCCCCUUUUUCACUUUUGCACACUAAACCCAAAUUUACCCACCAUUCAUCUCCAAAUCUUGCUGUAUCCCGCUCCCCUUCCACUCCCUCAAAUCUCAAGCUUCGAGGAAUUCCACAUUUUCCACCAAAUUCCUCUCCCAGAUCCAAAGCUCGUUGUUGCAGCAGCUCCGGCCCCGGUGGUUUCGGCUCCGGUGAUGGCGACAGUAGGACUGUUCUAGAUGCCUUUUUCUUAGGGAAAGCUCUAGCAGAAGCCUUGACUGAGCGUAUCGAGUCAACAGUUGGAGAGGUUCUGAGUGGGAUCGGGAGGCUGCAAGCUGAACGACAAAAACAAAUUGUUGAUUUCCAGGAGGAGGUGAUAGAAAGAGCUAAGAGAGCCAAGGACAAAGCUGCACGUGAUUCCAUAGAAGUACAAGAACCCAUCUCCCCCUCAAUAACAUCACCUACGAUCGCAGUUACUUCGACUGAUCCACAACAACUCUCGAAACCCGACCCAUAUUCAGAAUCUACUGUGAACCUUGAUCCUCCUCUCGAUGUAACGAAUGACGAAGAGUAAUCGUCUUGCGACGUUGAUUUCUCUUGUUUUUAGUCUUGUAAUGAAUGUAACCCAUAUACAUACAGGUGAUGAUAAGUUAGUUAUUCGGUCUCAAGAUACUCAUAUAGUAAUCGCCUAUUUAGGAUUCCUAUGUUAAAUAUCUUACGAGCGUAUUGAUGCUGAAUAUCGUUAGAUCACAAUUUGUUGCGUAAGAUUACUCAAAGUCUAUGAAUAAGAAAUCAUCCGAAUCUGAGUUGACUCGAAUA